UCGAAUUUAUUCACAGUCGAACGUUAGUUUGUUCGAUGAGACCGUUGACAGGAUAGAUAAUGAUAAUGAUUACGAGGGUGACGGUAGAAGUAACAACAAACGUACCGUAUCGUUCUCUCUCGGAUGCUCUAUAAUAACAUUAACGAAACUGUCCCGUUGAAAUUAAUCGAAUCAAAAUAGUUGUCCGCGUGAAUUAACCACAUAGUGACGUGCGUUAGCGAAAAGAAAUUUUCACCUCCGUCGGUAAGUGAAUUGUGCCGAUUAAACUGGAUAAUCGUGGGGAGAAGGAAGUGCGCCGACGAUUGUUUGGAUAAAUUAUUAACAAAUCGUCGUCAUCGUCAUCUUCCUCAGCUAUGACUGCCGACGGAUUGUUCGAGCCCACCAGCACCCCGGGUCAUCUAGCCCCGACGCCCCAGAGGCUGGAGAGGCUUCUUUCUAAACAGCCUCUCGAAGAGCUCUACGAAGUCGAGGAGCAGCCCUUCGCACGUGGAAAAUACGCGGCGGUAAAAAGAUGCCGGGAGAAGUCAAGCGGCAGACAAUGGGCGGCAAAAUUCCUGAAGAAGAGACGGAGGGCGCAGGAACUUCGCGCCGAAGCACUUCACGAAGUCGCGGUGCUGGACGCCGCAGCAACAUGUUCCCGCCUCGUUUCCCUCCACCAAGUCUUCGAGACGAAGACUGAAAUGGUCCUAGUCCUCGAGUUCGCGCCAGGUGGCGAACUUCAGAUGAUCCUGGACAAGGACGAAGUACCAGAGGAGAGACAAGUAGCCAGACUGAUGAAACAGAUUUUAGACGGCAUUGCCUUCCUCCAUUCCCUGAACGUCGCCCACCUCGACAUCAAGCCACAAAAUUUGGUCCUAACCGGCGAGUUUCCCGAAUGCGACGUGAAGCUUUGCGACUUCGGUAUUUCGAGAUACAUCAGCCGAGGAGCAGACAUCCGAGAGAUCCUGGGGACGCCCGAUUAUGUCGCCCCGGAGGUGCUCAACUACGAGCCGAUAAGCCUGGCGACGGACAUGUGGUCCGUCGGUGUCCUGCUCUACGUCCUUUUGACGGGAUGUUCGCCAUUCGGCGGCGACUCGAAGCAGGAGACUUUCUGCAACAUAAGCCGAUGCAGACUCGACUUCCCUGACGACCUAUUCGAGGAUGUUUCGGAGGAGGCUCGCGACCUCAUGCGCAAGCUCAUGGUUAAAGAUCCGAGUGAACGCCUAACGGUCACGGAAUGCCUCCAGCAUCCGUGGUUCUCGGCGCAUGACGGCCCCGAAACUCCUCUGGCCUUGACAACGACCUCAUCAUCAUCAUCCUCCUCCUCUUCCUCCUCCUCCUCCUCCUCCUCCGUUUGUUCCUCGGAACCGACGAGCCCAAGUCCGUCGAGCGAUAAACCAGAGUUCGCACCGAGUUCCUCGGAGCCGACGGAGGACGCAGCGAAGGAUCGAAAAAGCCCGAAGAACGCGGCGGAAACGGGGACGCAGAAAUCCCAAUCUCAGCCGGAAGCUUCGACGAAGUCAUCGACAAUUGUCCAGCGGGCGGUGUCGUCUUACACCUGCGAGAACGUCUACGCCAAGAAGAAGAGCGGCUCGUCGACGGUGACGGGAAGCGGAAACGCGGGACUCUCGAUGCCGGUGCGGAUCGGUUUGAGUCCGGACCGGCGGGACACCUUCAAAAAGAACAUGGACAGCCUGGCACAGCGGUUCUCAUCCAGCACCGAAAUCGUGAUAAUCGAGCCAACUUCCGGCGGGCAAAGCAACCGACGAGCUACAGCGACGCACACGAUGCCGGCCGGCGAGAUAUUCAAGUGCACCCCGGUCUUCAUUCUCGGGGAGGAGCAGCAGUGCUGCGACAGCGGUAGCGACACGGUGUCCGAAAUGUCGACGGACAGCUCGAGCGACAGAAGCAGCAUCUACUCGGACGACUCUCUCGACUUUAUUCUAUACGGCAAGACCCAGAGCAGGGCGAGCUUCCCCUUCGUCGGCGCCGACACCGACCGCUGGGAGCAGAAGCACCCGAGAAUUUGGCCCCGCGAGUGUAGCGGCGUCGUCAGCAAGGCUCUGAGCCGGUUUUCCUCCGAGCCCGGAACCACCGGGAGUAAACACUCGGCGAGGGCGACGCCGUCGGCGAGCAUCAGAGGCAGGGCGAGUCUCGAGGCGAUGAGGGAGAGGGGUGGAGAACUUGUCGUCAUCAGGGAACCCGUCAGGGCCGGACGGUACACCAGGUACAGCGAGGUACAGUGCGAGUCCGUUCAGGCGAGGAUCCGCCGGUUCCAGGUUCACGGGGCCUCGUAGAAUACGAAAACGGAGGGCUCUUCCUGACAGGAUCUGUACAUAAAUACGCGAAAGCCUUCGCGCUAAGACGAGCGCUCGCGAGGAGUUUAUUUCCCGGUGGAAAAGGCGCCGAUGUGUCUCUAUUUCGGCGCCAAACGAUCGUCGGUAGAUGACGAGUAUUUUUAUAUACUUGCUUGCCGGGUUCGUUUGAAAGGGGAUCUACCGCAUAUCCAGUUUGUUGUCAUUUAUCUCUCGGUAUUCGAUUCUUUCUCUACCUUGUUCUAUUCUUUUUCUUCUUCUUCUUCUUCUUCUUCUUCUUAUGCUUUCUUUGUUUGUAUAAAUUGCGUUUUGUUGAAAGAAAAAAGAGAUACAUAUAUAUUAUAUACAAUAUGUAUAGGAGAGUUUGAGGUCGCUUUAGCUAUCGUCGAUUUUCUAUGGUGUGAGGAUAGGUUUGUGUAGCUGUAAAAAGAGAGAUUGAGGAUAUGAAUACAAACGAAUUUCUCUGGUUUACUUACGACGUAAGUCGUGGCAGCUUAUUGGCUCCAAGAUACGUUAUUACACCGGGAUAUUUUCAUUAACAACGUGCUAAAACGACAUUUGGAGAAAGAGAGUAUAAAUUAGUUGUAAACGAAGUGUACAUCUAGGAGAAAGAGGAGGAAAGCUAGAGACUCCGAGAAUAGACCGUAAUGAUUUAUAACGAAGGUGUAUCGGUCGGAACGAUUUAAUGUAAAUAUCAAAUGCUCCUAGAUAUAUAUUUAUAUACAUAGAUAUAUAAUACAUACUAUAAAUAAAGUUCGAUUUUUCUAUAACACAUAUAUAUUUAAAUCGCUGAUUCUGUAAGAUGUGUAAAUAGAUGAAAAUUUAUACGAUGAAUAUUAUAUAGUGAAAAGAUGCACGCAGUAGAGGAAAAAUGAAAAUAGAAAUAUCGAAGAAACGAAAACAAAAAAAAAAAAAAAAACACGAACAAAUGAUUCACUUGGAAGGAAAGUGACAAAACUCCGUGGUCAGUCAAUUAUCAAGGUUGUCACCUGGAAAAAACAUCCAAAUAAGAUAAAACCUAAUUAAAG